UUUAGACCAAAUCGUACGCUUCCUGAGGCACCUGGCGUGUUUGUCAACGCCUCAAAUGUCAGAUCUACCAUGGAAAUCAUCUGGAGCUGUAUCGGAAUAAUUAUUCUCUCAACAUGGUCUAUCCUUAAUCCCAACAUUCCGCCUGACUUUCGAAAACAGGCCAAAUGGCAACUCUAUUUACAGAAAUUAUAUUCAAUUGCUCGAAAGGCUCUGUGGAUGAUUGUCAUGUUUGUUGCUCCUGAAGCCUUGACUUCUCUAUAUGCCCACAAGAUGUUCAGUGCACAUCAUAACGAUGCAAUUCUUAAAGAGAAGACUCUUCUUAAAGGCUUAGCAUAUAGUCAGGAAGUCCCAUGGAGCCGCACACAUACGCUAUUUGCAGAUAUGGGAGGUUUCGCUUUAUUGAAACGUCCAUUAAAACUUUUCGAAGAAUUUAGAUCGGAAGUUUCCGAGAGACUGAAAGCAGAAGACAUUCUCGAACUAUUCAAACGGCCGAACAAAAGAAACCGCAAUUUUAUUAAACGUUUUGAGCUUAAGCAAAGUUUUUUUUUUGGCUGGUUUGGAGACUUUCUUUGGAAAAGGCACCUCAAACAUGAAAAAAUCGCCAGUGGCAUCAAAGAUGAACUGGAAAGGAGCCAGAUUACACAUGGGAAGCUGCAAACCCUCGCGGCAUUGUCUGGGGACAUAUGGGUGUUAGACUCGGCACAACUCAUCGUUGCAGUGAAAGAGGGAAUUAUCGAGCUCCCUAAAAGUAAAUCCGACGCACUGGUCAAGACCUUGGCUAUUAUGCAAGUUUUAUGGCUCACCAUCCAGCUUGCUGCCCGGAGAUAUUAUGGUUUGGCCUCUGCACCUUUUGAAAUCAGCACAGUUGCCCUGUCGGCUUCUACAAUUAUUUUAUAUGUCCUGGAGUGGAACAAGCCAAAAGACGUCAGUGUGCCCAUCUACCUUCAAAAGACUACUCCUAAAGACCCUUUCGAAGAAGCUUUCAAGAAAGUCUUCGAGGCAGCUCCUUAUCCAUAUCUACGAUUUCCCAUCAUACCAACCAAGCUUUAUCAUAUCCCUAGCUGCGCUUUUCACGUUGCCUAUUCAAACGACGAUGUUGUUUCUAUUCUCUCAUUUGGGGGCAUCCACAUCUUUGCAUGGAAUUUCUUCUUCCCAACUAAAAUCGAGCAACAACUAUGGAGGGUCUGCUCGGUGGCAGCUACAGUUUUGCCAUUACCAUACCUUGCCACCCACUAUUCCUUUAUGAAACACGGAGCAGACGUUGGGAAGACAAGACUACGGCAAAUCAGGACAAUCCAAGGAGUCUUGGCUCUCUUUUAUGUUCUUGCACGGCUGUUUCUUAUUAUUGAGAGCUUGAGGUCACUUUACUAUUUACCACGCUAUGCCUUUGAAUCUACAUGGAGUGUGAAUUUCCCACACUGGGGAUAA